GUGGCCCAAUUGUAAGCGUGCAGGAAUGGGACCCACAUCCCAAUCAUGCUUGAUGAGGAAAAUUCUUAGUUCUCCAUCUCCUUCCCCUGAAGAGAGCUCAUCCCCUUUCUCCUCUCUUCGCAUCCCUGUCUCCUCGAUCCGUUCCAUAAAACUGUUGUGUCAAUCCUGUCAUAGACCAGAACACUAAUCGGAGCGUGGCAACGGCGGCGACCUAUUUUGGCAGUGAAGUUCGUGCCGGCUUUUGUCACACUGAGUCUGUGACACCGACACGCCGCAACGAGGGGCUUAUCCUGGACCUCCGCCUUGGGCGACACAACCCCCGGCGUGAAGCAGCGGCCACCAUGUCAAGGCACGUCCUCGCUGACAAAUACUCUUGACAUGGCUCGGCGACCCGGUGAGCAUAGGGACCAUAAUCUUCGCUCAUCCAGCGAGAGGAUUCUCUUGACGUUCUAGUUGGGCAGCUGGUGGUGGGGCGAAGCGGCAUCUGAGGUAAAGUAGAAAGAACUAAUGAAGAUGGAGGGGACUUACAUGUCAAGCAUGCACAAUUUCUCUCUGAACAACCUCAGCAAGUAAAGAAUUGAGAUCGCAAGUCGAAACUGUACCGUGUAGAUUCUUGGUGACCCAAAGGACGACAAGCAGGUGCCCAGAACAAUACAAAGCCAGCUAGAUUGACCUCCCGUGACAUCAUUGUCAGAACUAAACGGGCAGCUCCAACUCAAUAGAUAAUCCUAGAUGUGAAAUGGGAAUGAACCAUUGAAAGAGUACCACAGAAACUACAUAAAUAGGCCUACUUCCUAUAUUAACUUCCAGCAAUAAGAAAAGAUGAUUAGGCUCAUCUAUCCAAUCCUUGUUUCCUUCCUCUCUACUUUGUUGUGCUCUUGUGCAUCCCCAUGGCAAACCAUAAGCACAGGCACAUCUCUGCAAGUAGAUCAUGAGAGAGUCUUCCUUAUAUCACCAGAUACUACUUUCUCUUGCGGUUUCUACCCAUCUGGAAACGACACGAAUGCCUUUUACUUCUCAGUAUGGUUUACACAUGCCAGCGACAGGGCUGUAGUCUGGACAGCAAAUCCUCAUUUCCUAGUGAAUGGUCAUCGCUCAAGGAUAUCCUUGAACAAGGAAGGCAACUUGGUCCUUACCGAUGUGGAUGGAUCCACAACAUGGGAGAGCAAUACAAGUUGGGGAAAGCAUACAACAGCAGCUCUCCUUGACAGUGGAAACCUUGUGAUCAAAACCUCAACUGACAAGAUCAUAUGGCAGAGCUUUGAUUCACCUACUCACACUUUGCUUCCUUCACAGCAUCUCACGAGAAACAAUAGGUUGGUCUCUCAAUCCGAUUAUCAUGUCCUCUAUUUUGACAAUGAUAAUGUCCUCCGGCUCCUAUACAAUGGACCAGAUAUCACAAGCAUAUAUUGGCCAAGUCCAGAUUACAAUGCAAUACAAAAUGGUCGGACUAGAUUCAAUAGUACCAAGGUAGCAGUCCUAGACCAUGAGGGCAAUUUCUUGUCAAGCGAUGGAUUCAAAAUGAUAGCCUCUGAUUUAGGUCUGGGAAUCCAGAGAAGGAUCACCAUUGAUUAUGAUGGGAACUUCAGAAUGUACAGCUUGAAUGCAUCAAAUGGUAACUGGACUAUCACGGGGGCGGCUAUACAGCAAAUGUGCUAUGUGCAUGGAUUGUGUGGAAGGAAUGGAAUUUGUGAGUACUCACUACAUCUGAGAUGCACUUGUCCUCCAGGAUAUAAAAUGGCCGAUCCAGAGAAUUGGAACAAAGGUUGCAAGCCAACAUUCAGCAUCGAGUGCGGGCAACCACACGAGGAUUUUACUUUUGUCAAGAUUCCUCAUGGCGACUUUUAUGGCUUUGAUCUAACUUCCAACGAGUCAAUUUCUUUUAAAGAGUGCAUGCAAAUUUGUAUGAAGAGCUGCAUGUGCAUGUCUUUCACAUACAAAAAUGGAGAGGGUCUAUGUUACACUAAAAAUCUGCUCUUCAAUGGCCAGGUUUAUCCAUAUUUCCCAGGAGAUAGCUAUUUCAAACUUCCAAAGAUAUCCUUGACCCCCAAAGAUGAUGGUAUUUCCUGUAGGCCAAAGGAAUCCAAAGUUAUGCUGGUGUUUGCAAAUGCAUACAUCAAAAACCCUGACAACAUAAGUUGGUCAUACUUCUACAUCUUUGCUGCUAUACUAGGAGCAGUUGAAUUGCUUUUUAUCAUGACAGGAUGGUAUGUUCUUUUCAAAGCGCAUAACAUACCCAAGUCUAUGGAGGAAGGUUACAAAAUGAUAACAAGCCAGUUCAGGAGGUUUACGUACCAUGAGUUAGUUGAAGCAACAGGAAAAUUUAAGGAAGAGGUGGGAAAAGGUGGAAAUGGAAUAGUUUAUAGAGGAAUACUUGGAGACAAGAAGGUUGUGGCAGUAAAGAAGCUCACAGAUGUUAGAAAAGGUGAAGAGGAAUUUUGGGCAGAAGUAACUCUAAUUGGAAAGAUCAAUCACAUGAAUUUGGUAAGAAUGUAUGGGUUUUGCUCAGAAGGCCACCACAGAUUAUUAGUGUACGAGUUUGUGGAGAAUGAGUCGCUGGACAAAUACCUUUUUUAUGAUAGUAACACUGAAAGAUUGCUCUCAUGGAGCCAACGAUUCCAGAUUGCCUUGGGGGCAGCAAGAGGUCUUGCUUACCUCCAUCAUGAGUGCCUUGAAUGGAUUGUGCAUUGUGAUGUAAAGCCAGAAAACAUAUUGCUAACACGAGAUUUCCAAGCCAAGAUAGCAGACUUUGGACUAUCCAAGCUUUCUAAGAGAGAUAGUUCUAACUUCAAUUUUACUUAUAUGAGAGGCACAACGGGUUACAUGGCACCAGAAUGGGUACUGAAUUUGCCAAUCGAUGCAAAGGUCGAUGUCUACAGCUAUGGAGUUGUGCUUCUAGAGAUUGUCACAGGAAGUAGGGUUUCCAGUGGGGUAACAGUAGGCGAAGAAGUGAUGGACUUGAUGCAGAUUUCCAGUGGGGUAUCAAUAGGCGAAGAAGAGAUGGACCUAAUGCAAAUUUCCAGUGGGACAACAGUAGGCAGAGAGGAGAUGGGACUGGUGCAAUUUGUUCAGGCAGUGAAACAGAUGCUCACUAGUGGGGCUAACCUAGGUAUAGUGGAUGCUAGGUUAAAAGGGCAUUUCAAUCAUGAGCAAGCAACAACUAUGUUGAAGAUAGCUGUUUCAUGUCUUGAUGAAAGAAGCAAGAGGCCGACAAUGGAUCAAAUUACAAAAGAUCUCAUGGUAUACAAUGAUGAAGAUUUUCACCCUGCAUACUUUUGAUGACUUGUGACCAGAAGCAUGAAUACAAGUCAAAUAAGGCAUAGUUUUAUAUACACAAUUAUCAGAAG